GCUGACGGACGCAACGAUUCUGCAGGUCCAACAGCAAUGGUUCCGCAGCCGAAGCAGAAGGCCACCUCCGUGCGUGGAUUCAUGUCGUGGCUCAGUGGCGCUGUUGGUGUUGCAGAACAGACGGAGGCCUUGCCUGCUCUUGCUUCGUAUGGGCGUACUGAGCCGCGUUUCGAAGAAAG